UCUUUGUCGUGGCAAAGCUUCUGAAUGAAAUGAAUGCAACCUCCGCAAUGGAUAUUGGGUCCCUUGAUUAUGACACUAUAAUUGGUGCAUAUGAAAAGAUCAACGGGGAGUUUUUCCACACGGUGGGGAAAGAGCAUGCGCUGAUCAUUUUGUCUCAGUCUGCAUAUGACAUGUCAUCUGAAGAGUUGAUCUUGCGGCAGAGUGCAUAUAGAUUGUUGCUCUGCUUUGUUGAAUUUGCCUCUGAAAUUGUUGAGUUAAAGGAUAAAUCUGAUCAAGGGUGCUGGACUGAAGCUCCUAUUCAGCAUAUUGUAACUAGCUUUCUUUUGAAGCAUAUGGGAAAUGCAAUGAAUAGGGAAACUUCUGUUCAAAAGCUUUGGAUUGAUUUACUGCGAGAAAUGGUGUAGAAGCUUCCAAAGGUUGCAAACCUCGAAUCUUAUGGAACUUUGUACAGUCAAGAUCCAGAGCAGGAUUUCUUCAAUAAUGUUAUUCAU